CCGACACAGCUCAACUCAGCGGGCUGACUUGUGAAGUUCAUUUUUCCUACGGUCCCAAAUGCAACAGUGUUAAUACGGAAGCCGUGAUGGUCUUUGCUGAUGACGUUCUGAGAUGCGGCUAACUAGAUAAAAUCGUUUUUAAACGUCAAGUCCAAGAAACAGGAUAGAAACGGGAAUCGAUGUCUGGCUUGUGUUACUAACCGUGAAAAGAUGCUGGAGUCUUACGUCACACCGCUCCUGAUGAGCUAUGUGAACAAGUACAUCAAGAACCUGAAGCCCUCUGACUUGCAGCUCUCUCUCUGGGGAGGGGAUGUGGUGCUCAGCAAGCUGGACCUGAAACUGGAUGUACUGGAACAGGAGUUGAAGCUGCCCUUCACAUUCAUGAGUGGUCACAUCCACGAGUUACGGAUCCACGUCCCCUGGACCAAGCUGGGCUCGGAGCCGGUUGUGAUCACCAUCAACACCAUGGAGUGCAUCCUGAAGCUCAGAGAUGGAUCCCAGGAUGAUCAUGACAGUGGCUCUAGCUCCACCAGUCGAAGUGUCUCAGAUGGCUCCAAGGCUGCAACCAAGACCCGCCGCCUUCAGCAGGCAUCCCCUAGUGACCCAGACCUACCCCCAGGUUACGUGCAGAGUCUGAUCAGACGUGUGGUGAACAACGUGAACAUUGUGGUGAACAACCUGAUCCUUAAGUACGUUGAAGAUGACAUUGUGCUUUCAGUCAACAUCACCUCAGCAGAAUGCUACACGGUGGACGAUAUGUGGGAGAGGGCUUUCAUGGACAUCAGUGCUCCAGAACUGGUUCUGAGAAAAGUUAUAAACUUCUCAGACUGCACCAUGUGUUUGGACAAGAGGAAUGCUAGUGGCAAGAUUGAGUUUUACCAGGAUCCCCUGUUGUACAAGUGCUCCUUCCGAACGCGCCUGCACUUCACGUACGACAGCAUCAGCUCAAAGAUCCCCUCCGUCAUCAAGAUCCAUACCAUGGUGGAGAGCCUGAAGCUGUCCAUCACUGAUCAGCAACUACCCAUGUUCAUUCGAAUCCUACAGCUGAUUAUUGCCCUCUACUAUGGAGAAAUAGGACACAAACAAAGUGAGGGUGAAGAAGGCUUGGUACACGCCAGAGACAGUGGAGCAAGUUCACCUGGGAUGGAUGUUGAAAUGGAAAGUUUGGGAUCUAGCCAGUACUCCAGCCAAGAGCUCUUCAUGGAUUCAGGGAGUCCUGAGGAGGGAGACCAGGGUUGGGUGUCCUGGGCUUGGUCCUUUGUCCCUGCCAUUGUCAGCACUGAAGAAGAGGGGGAGGAAGGCCUCUACCAGCAGACAGAAGGAGGAGGCCUCUCUAGCAACCCUCAGCAGUACACUCCCAAAGACCCCAUCGUUUCCAUAGGCUUCUAUUGCACUAAAGCCUCCAUCAUCUUCAAGCUCACCGACACGCAGUCAGAAAGCAGCUACUACAGUCCUCAGAAGGUCAGGUCCAAAGAGGUUCUGUGUCUGGAGCAAGAAGGAAUCACUAUUGAGGUGCUCAUGAUGGGAGAGCCCUUCUUUGAUUGUCAAUGUGGCUUUGUGGGCUGCCGGGCACUCUGCCUGAAAGGCAUCAUGGGAGUUCGGGAUUUUGAAGAAAAUGUGAACCGGCGUGAAGAGGAUGCCGUGUUCUUCAGCUGUGGGGAGAGUCUAAAGAGUAAAGGGAUGACGUACCUCACCAACUCUCUGUUUGACUACCGCAGUCCAGAGAACAAUGGAGUCAAAGCUGAGUUCAUCCUGGACUCCACCAAUCACAAGGAGAGCUACACAGAGAUAGUGGGCAUGCAGCGCUUUGGGGCUUUCUACAUGGAUUAUCUCUACACAAUGGAGAACAGCAGCUCCACAGGCUCUCAGGACUUCUCUGUGUUGAGUACGGAGGAAGUAAUGCCUAUAGUUGAAGAAACGUCCAUCAAGAGGCUGGUGGUGGGACCUCUAGACAUCAGGCUGCACAGCAGCGCAGUCCACCGCAUCCUCAAGAUGAUCACCUGUGCCAUGGACCAUGAAUACGAACCCUACUGCAAUCCAGCUCAAGAAACGGUUGAGGUGUGCAGCGGUGCGGCUACUCCAGAGGAGAUCUCCAGCUUAGAGGAGUUCAUCCCAACCAGACUCACCUGUCUCACUUUCCUCCAAGUGUCAGUCACCGUCUCCAUGGCAGAGUUCAACCUCCUUCAUGCUCUAAUUCCCGUCAUCAUGGGAAGAAAGGCGUCCCUGGGGCCCGUCUCUGUGCCGGCCUUCCAGCUGCUGCGCCCGCUACCUUCAGUGCAGUUCCAAGUUGAGAGAGUGAACGUGGAGCACACUGUGCCUAUGUAUGCUCCAGAGCUGGUCACCACCGUCAGCAGCCUCAGCAGCCCCCCCGACAACCUGCUACAUCACUGCUAUUCGCAUCUCUACCUCAAGGUGUUUGGAUUCCAGACAGGAUUAACCUGCCAGGACACUACAGGUUGUUUUCUGCCUCUCAUCCCCAUCAUCCCCUCCUUCAGCACUGCUGUUUAUGGAAAACAGAUUCAGAUCCCUGCAUUAUGGAGCAAAAGAUCAUCAGUUUCUACUGCCGAGUGGAUCUUUGAACUUCCUCACUUCACCAUUCAGGCGACAAGAGCCCAAACACUUCUGCUUCAAGCCAUCUAUCAGAGCUGGACUCACAGCACCACCAGUGGAUGUCCGCUGAUUGUCAGUGAACAUCUGCUCAGUGAGGUGUUCAGUGUUCCAGGUGUGAAAUAUCCAGGCCCGUCACCGACUCUUGAAGGCUUGGUCCAAAACCUGGAGCUGAAGUUCUGCAGCCGUGCGAUGGUGAAAUGCGCGUCGGGAACCGUGGGAGCUGUAAAAGUGUGCGCCAGGACCCCAGGUUCAGGAGAGGGGGUAAAAGAAAAGCUGGUUCCCCUCAUUCAGGGCCCAUCUGACACCAAAGAACUCCACAUGAGUCGCUGGCUUAAUGAGAUUCGAAAGCCUGAGUCUUUACUGGCCCCUGACUUGCUGGCAUUUUCUGUUCAAGUCCCUCAACUCGGAGAUCACUGCAGGAACUCUGGUGCGGUUCUACUGGUCAGUGUCCAGGGCAUAGCUGUAAAUGUGGACCCGAUCAUCUGCACAUGGUUGUUGUAUCAGCCUCACCGAGGGAGCGGCAGGAAACAGCAACAGAAUGCAGGCGCGGUUCCUCUGGCCAAAAGGAGAGAAGACGACGUGUCUGUAGGCAGCACACCUCGGGCCAAGCAGCUCUCUAAUCAGGCCUCGGACUACGCCAGCAGCCCGCUGAAAACCAAGACAGUGACGGAAUCACGACCCAUGUCCAUCCCAAUGAAAGUGAUGCCUGACGUCACAGCGGAGGAGUCCUGGGCUGCCUCAGAUGAACGAAUGAAGGAACUUUUCACCCAAGCGUGGGAUGCUGUGAAGCGAUUAACUCUCCAGCUGGAGCUGCAGUCCUGCUGCCUGUUCCUGCCUAAUGACAGCCUCCCGUCUCCGAGCACCAUCAUCUGUGGAGACAUACCCGGCACCGUGCGGAGCUGGUACCACAACCAGGCCUCCAUGCCUGGAACACUGGUGGUCUGUCUGCCUCACAUCAGUGUUCUUAGUGCCGGGCACAAAUACAUGGAGCCUCUGCAGGAGCUGCCCUUCGUUGUGUCAAAGCCAGUGUUGGAGGAAGGUGAUGCCUUCCCAUGGACGAUCAGCCUGAGUCAGUUCAGCGUGUACACGCUGUUAGGACGGCAGCGAAGCCUGAGCCUUCUGGAGCCGAUGGGGUGCACCUCCACCCUGGCUGUCACAUCCAAGCUGCAGGGCAGUGCUGAAGGGAGGCACUCGUUUGUAGUCUGCCUCCAUGUUGACCUAACAGCCGCCCGCGCCAAGUGCUCCAACCCUCAGGUUCAGCUUUUGUACGAGCUCUUCCUCAGCUGGAUCUCCACAUGGACGCUUCUCCAGAGACAUGGCAUCUUACGUCAGACCUCCAGCCUCCCAGACCCCCCUGCUGGUGCAGCACCCUCCUCCCCAGUGCGCAGCAGCGCUGGCACCGCCCUGCCCGACACCAGCACCUGCAGCCCUUCUGCAGAUUUUGGCUCACCCACAGAGGGAGACUCCGUGCCUGCUGGAGACGAUGGUCCAUUCACCGACACCGUGACUCUGGAACAGAAGACCAGCAACAUUGAAGGAACCAGUGGGAAAGUCAGCGUCUGGAUGCAGUGGAUGCUACCAAAGGUCACAGUUCAACUGUUUGCUCCUGACCCGACUACAAGAAAGACAGAAGUGUGUGUCAUCGCUGAGUUGGAAGACCUGAGUGCCUCCGUAGACGUCCAGGAUGUCUACACGAAGAUCAAAUGUAAGGUCGGCAGCUUCAACAUGGACCACUACAGAAGCAGUAUGGAGGAGGGUGCGUGGAGCGUGGGCGGCUGUCGAGAAGUGCUCAUCUCUUGCACUGACAAGCUGAACAGACGCACGGUGUUGGUUCGACCCGUCAGCAAGCAAGAGUCUUUCAGCCACUUCUCUGGCUUUUUCCCUCCUACGGCAGCUAAAGUCCUGGAGGGUUCUCACCAGCAGCAUGGCUUCCUGUCCAUCACCUACACACAGGCCAUCACCAAGAACGUCCGACACAAACUCACCGCUCGGCCCGAGCGAGUGUCGCGCGGCGGCGCUCCUGCAGCCAGCCUCAGGGUCGGCGCUGACCCGCUGGCUGACAGUGCACCGCGGUACCUGAGGGAGAUCCUGCUGACCGCCCAGCCCUUUGAUGUGGUUUUAUUUUGUCCCCUACUGGCCACCGUAGCAGGAGUGUUUCAGACCACCAUCCCGCGACGCUACAGAGAGCGGGGGAAGUCGGCGGGUCAGCCAAUGCGAAGCCACACGUUGACCUCCAGGUGUCUGCCUCUGAUUUACAUCAACACCAGUGUGAUCCGGAUCUUCUGCCAUGGAGCACAAGACAAGCAGGCUUCUUCAGACCUGAGUGAGAAGAGAGAAGACACCCUGGUGCUGAAGCUGGGUUCCCUCAGCAUGGCUCCUCAGGCCGAUAACCCACUGACCCGUACUGUGCUGCGGAAAGACAUCUACCAACAUGCACUGAACCUUGGCGUUCUGCAAGACCCGGGCUCUGAGGUGGAGGAUCGCCAGUAUCAGGUUGACCUUCAGUCCAUCGACAUUGGGACUGCUCAGUGGGAGCAACUGAAGCCAGAAAAGGAGGGAGUCAAAGGAGGCGCAUCAGCAGAAAGUGAGAGGAGUUCCCAGAAUCCAGCCCUGGAGUGGAACAUGGCUAGCAGCAUCAGGCGUCACCAGGAGCGCCGAGCCAUCCUGACGCCCAUCUUGAGUGAUUUCUCUGUUCGGGUGACGGCUGCUCCGGCCAUCAUCUUCAGCAGGACUCUGUCCCCUGAUGGUGGACAGCCAGAGGAAGUGGUGGUGUGUGGCCACUCUCUGGAGGUGAAUGUGACCAGCAGUCUGGAUUUCUACCUCAGCAUUGGCCAGGUGCAGCUCCUUCAGCAUCUCCUCAGAGACAACAUGGUGGGCUUGAACACUCCAGAGAAGAGCCUAGAGGCUCGUCGACAAGAGCAAAAGCGUGGCCGUCAAGAUCCUGCAGCAAGCAGCGACUCCUCAUCACGUCACAGUGGGACGGGACAGGACAGCGGCUUUGGCAGUGACAGUGCUCGCAUCCGCAUCGUCCAGAUAGAGCAGCAGAGUGGGGCCAGCCACCACUGCAUUGCUAGGCCCUCUCGUAAAUCCACCAUCACCAAGAACCUCAGCUUCAUCCCCUUUGACAUCUUCCUGACUGCCAGUAAACUCUCUGUGAUGACCUAUGCCUGCUCCAGUACCCCUAAAGCUCUCACCACUUUGUCUGAUACACCAAACUCACCUGAGAAGAAGGACCCUGGAGAUAAGAUGGGGAAGAGUAUCCUCAAUCAUCCUGAGAUCACAUCUGAGGCUCCUCCAGCCUCUACCUCCUCAAAGCCCGAUCAAAGCCUUGCUGCUCAGGGGUCACUUGCUGGUUUGACAGCGGAGGACAUUCUCAACAGCAACACCUCUCAGCCAGCCUCCCCACUGCCCAGAGGAAGCCUGCUGUCACUCGAUGGCCUUCCCACUCCAAGCCGUUCCUCAGCCCGCCAAGCACUGGGUGUUACCAUAGUGAGGCAGCCGGGGAGGAGAGGGGCUGGGGACCAGUUGGUGGAGCCCCUCCUGUACCUGCAGCUUAUGCAGCCUUCUGUUCUGCUUAGCUGCCACCAUCGAAAGCAGAAGAUGGAGUUGUCUGUGUUUGAUGUGUCCUUGAAAGGAGUAGCGUCUAACUACAUGUGCUUAGACCCAGGAAAGACUCUGCCAGAAUCUCUGGACUACAGUGUGUUUUGGCUGCAGACAGCAGCAGGAGAGGUUGACAGGAAAACGGGACUUCCUCCUCCUCUGCUUUGCUUCCAGAUCAAAGAUUUCCUUAAUGGACCAGCUGACCUGAACGUAGAGUUAUGUCGCCCUCUGAAAAUCAACCCCACCUUGGCCAAGCUGGAGCAGGCCAAAGCCUACCUGCAGAAAGUCCUGCCAGCCUCCACCUGUAGUAAACCACCGUCUGCUCCUUCCUCUCCUCGCUCGUCUCCUAAAAAGGCUCCUCACAGGGCCUUUCCCCCUCGCUCAGACUCACGCCAUGAGGCUCUGACCCGGGGUAAAGCCAGCUCUGCCACGGCCAUGGCGCUGUCCUUCCACAAGGUCACCCUCCACACUGCUCAGACUGUGGUUGUCAUGGAGACAGAAGCCCAUCCAGCGAAGCCCAGUGUUACUGUAUCGGUGUCGGCCAUGACGGGAAGUCUCAACCUAAAAUGUGGGCCCAGAAUAGAAGAUCCUGUUCAGGCUGCUUCUGUGCUGCUGGAGAUGAAAGAUGUUGUGGUGAAAACAGGCCUAAGGGGCCGGAGCCGUGUGCUGCUGGGGCCAUUCUGCUGCAGCAGCUCAGUGGAAGCCCGCUGGUGCCGACACAGCGGCAGUCCUGGACCUGAGCCCGGCCCUCCUAAGCUUCUGCUUGACCUGAAGGGAGGUCUGCUGCAGCUCUUCUGGGGACAGGAGCAUCUGAACUGCCUGACUCUGGUGGAACAGCACCUUCAGGCCUACUUCCGUCUCCAGAAAGAGGACUCAGCAGACAGUGGUCCUAAAGGAAAGGCCUGCCACACCCAACCCCCUCCCUCACCCAUCUCCCCCCCUACUCGGACAGAGCACACCUCAGAUGACCUUCGCACUGGAAGUUUUCAGUACAUUCGGGACUCAGGUUCUCAGAGACGGCCUGGACCGCAUGAGGUGGUGUUUUGCAGCGAGACAGAAGACAGCCCGGGGGUGAUGCUGUGGAGGUACCCUGAACCUCGUGUUCUCACCUUCGUCAGGAUCACUCCCGUCCCUUUCAACACCACAGAGGACCCUGAGAUCAGCACGGCUGACCUGGGAGAUGUCCUACAGGUACCCUGUAGUCUGGAGUACUGGGAUGAGCUCCAGCAGGCCUUUGUCCCAUACCGAGACUUCAGCCUGUCAGAAAGCUGCUCCUGCCAGCUGCAGCUGCCCAGCCUCAGCCAUCAGCAGAAGGAGCUGGUGGCGUCAGACCUGUGGAGGAUCGUGCUCAAUAAUAACGGAGAGGCAGCAGACGAGCAGAGCUCAGACAGCGACUGUGGCUCCCAGCUCCCCUGUGACCAGCUGGUGUCUCCGAUAGCUCUGGCAGCCUGCACCCGUGUGGACUCCUGCUUCGCACCUUGGUUCGUCCCCUCGCUGGGCGUGUCUCUACAGCUAACUGAGCUGGAGCUCCGCCUCUGCCAUCACCUUGAGCAGCUGGGCACAGUUCCAGCUAGGAAGCUUCAUCCCUUCCUUCCAGACAGAAAGUUACCUCAGGAGCAGGAGUUCAUGGUGCUGGGUGCUCCAGAACCUCGGGUCUUCCUCCGCCAGUGGAGCAAUGGACCACGUCAUUGUCAAGAUUUCAGCUUCUCCACGCAGCUUGUCUGCAAGCUGCUGGAGUACCGAAACCUGACCCACCUUCAGCUUCUCCAGCCCUGCAAGCUGCAGGGACAAGCCACCGUCACCUGCUGUCCCCAGAGCUCCUCUUUGGAUGUUAGUGUGUUUCUGGACCCGGUGUCCCUCAGCAUCAGCCAGUAUGCUGUCCACACGCUGGACACAGCCCUGCUCAGCUGGCAACAGAACGGGAAUCCAGAGGCAGAGGAGAUGCUCUACAGCCAUUAUGUGAUCUGCAACGACACACAUGAGACUCUGCGCUUUGGCCAGGUGGACACCGAUGAGAAUGUGCUGCUGGCUAGCCUCUGCAGCCACCAGUACAGCUGGAGAUCCCACAAGUCAGCCCAGCUGCUGCACAUCUGCAUCGAGGGAUGGGGGAACUGGCGCUGGUCCGAGCCCUUCAGCGUGGACAACUUAGGGACUCUGCUGAGGACCAUCCACUACAAAGGACGCACCGCAUCACUCAUCAUCAAAGUGGAGCCACUUAAUGGUGUCCAGAAGCAGGUGAUCAUCUGUGGGCGGCAGGUGAUGUGCAGCUACCUGACUCAGGACAUUGAGCUGCGAGUUGUGCAGCACUACGUCGGUCCUGAUGGACAGACGGUGGUCAGAGAGCACUGUGACUGCCUGGAGGCAGGAGCCAAGCUGCCUUCCUAUGUGCUGGAGGAUGUUGAGAUGACAGAGCUGUGUGUGAGGGCACAAGGGGACGAGGACUGGUCCCAGGAUGUUCAGCUGGAGAGGAGGGACAAGAACAUCAGCAGCUCCGUAGUACAGGUGGCCUGUUCCUCUGGGUCUCUGCUUUAUGUCUGGUGUUCUCUCAUCACUGUUGAACCAGAAUCUCACAUGCAGCAAAGAGUGGUGGUCUUCAGCCCACUGUUCGUUAUGCGGAGCCACCUGCCGGACCCGCUCAUCGUCCAUGUAGAGAAAAGGAGUCUAGGCCUGAGCGAAAGCCAGCUGAUCCAUGGACGUGGCCACCAGGCACCGCUUUUAAACACCGAGGCCAACCUCACCCACCAUCUCACCUUUCAGGCCCGGGAGGAUGAAGAUGCUUCUCACUGCGCUGUUCCCAUCUCCACCAGCCUAAUCAAGCAGAUAGUGAAUAAGAGUGGAAAUGAGGAAAACCCGGAGCACAUCCUGACUGAUUUCUACGGUCCCAGGGCCUCCUCGGAGCCCCCGUGGCCGUACGUGACCAAAGACACAGACAGGUCAGUGCUGGAGCCUCUGAACCAGUGGGACAGUCCCAUGCAGGUGAAGCUGUCCCGCUGGAAGUCUGGUUUGAACACGCUGCUGGUGGAGCUCCUGCCCUGGGCGCUUCUGGCCAACAACUCCCAGUGGGACCUCUGGCUUUUUGAAGGAGAGAAAAUCAUUCUGCAGAUACCUGCUGGCAAAGUCGUCGUCCCUCCCAACUUCAAGGAAGCCUUCCAGAUCGGUAUCUACUGGGCCCACACCAACACCGUCCACAAGUCCACAGCUCUGAAGCUAGUUCACGACCUGACAUCUCCUCGGUGGAAGGAGGGGUCAAACUCAGUGGUGCUGACUCUGGAUGAGGAGGGAUACGUGGAGGUGGAUGUCACCUUAGGAGCCUUUCCUGGGAAACAGAAGCUGUGCCAGUUCUGUGUGUCAUCAGUGGUGAGGCACGGCAUCCAGAUCCUGCAGAUCGAGGACAGAACCAUUCUGGUCAACAACACUCCUUACAGCAUGCACUACCGACCUCUGCUGACUCACCAUGCUCUGGGACGCCAUGAUCAGGCCUGUGAAAUCCCAGAAAGCACCAUGUUCACCCUCCCUCCCUCUGAUGAGUCUUCUCUGGCCAAGCCAUGCUGCGUGCCGUACUGGGACGUCCUUCAGACCAGUGUCCAGGAGAAGCUGGAGUUCCCUUUGCCACUCAGACACAUGCUCUUCAGCUUAUUUCCAGGACCCGACACUGGAGAUGGAUCUGCAGCUUGGAGCCUCCCCGCCCCAGUCCGACCAGACUUCCCGAGGCAGAGCGCGUCUGUCCCUGAGGACCGGGACUCGGGGGGUGUCCUGAGCAGCAGAGCCGUAGUGCUGACAUACCAGGAACACCAGGGUGUGACAUACUUGACCUUAAACGAGGACCCCUGUCCACGCAUGCUGAUCCACAACAAGUGUCCCAUCCCCUUGCUGCUGAUGGAAAAUGUCAAAGAAACUCCAAGGACAGCUGUCUACUGUCGUGCUCUACCUGCUAACUGCUCCAUGCACCACGAGCUCUACAGCCACUUUUCUAGUUUUCCUGAAUGCAGGCCGAAGGAGGUUCUGCCGACUCUGCAGCUAAGGACCACAUCAGACCACGGCACAUCUGACUGGACCGACCCUGUAGACAUUACCUGCCCUGGCACUCAGGUGGUGUUCCUGCCAGGCUUUGGCUGUCUCUACGUGACCGUGCUCUUUGACAGAGGCACCUUGGUUCUGACUCUGGCACCAGAAGGCGGUGUGGACACCUUCAUCAACCAGCUCAGCAGAUCCUCCAGCCUGUCCUUUAGAGUCCUCCUGAGCGAGGCCAGCGUGGUGUUUAGUGAUGACAUCACAAGUCCGAGUGGGUCGGUGGAGCUGCUGAGACUCACUCUCACCAAGCUGCUGCUGAGCCUGGGUCCUGCACCCAGCCCCCUCCCCCCUGAUCCAGCAUCCGUCUCUGCUUUGAGUCCUGACACAUCUCUGAUGGAGCUCUACUGCUUCGGCCUGCAGGUGGACAACCAGUUGUAUAACCGGGCAAGUUUCCACUUUCCUGUCCUGCUUUGCCAAGAUCAAAGGGGGGGGGCUGAACCCGGGGGUCUGUGGAGCAGCGAUGUCAACCCCAGCGAAUCCCUGGAGGCUCUGGAAGAGUUCAAACAGUCCUGUUUUCUGCAGCUGAAGAUGACGCUGGCCGCAGACAGACGCACCCUGGAGGAGGUGAGCUUCCAGCUGCAGCCUGCCAGAGUCUACCUGGAGGACACGUUUGUUUAUUACCUGAAGACUCUGUUCGACACCUACAUCCCCAGCAGGGUGGUGGAGCCCCGGAGGGCCAGAGAGCCUGGAGCGGCUCCGGUCCUUCCUGAACAGGUGCUUCAGUCAGUGCAGGCGUUGCUCCACCCGGUGCGGCUCCAGAGACUCACCAUUCAACCAGUCAACCUGCUGGUCAGCAUCCACGCCUCCCUGAAGCUCUACAUCGCUUCAGACCACACGCCUCUGUCGUUCUCAGAGUUUGAGAGAGGUCCCCUCUGCACCACAGCCAGACAGCUGGUUCAUGCUCUGGCCAUGCACUACGCUGCCGGAGCCCUCUUCAGAGCUGGGUGGGUGGUGGGCUCCCUGGAGAUCCUGGGCAGUCCUGCCAGCCUAGUGCGGAGCAUAGGGAACGGUGUUUCGGACUUCUUCCGUCUGCCGUACGAGGGUCUGACCCGGGGGCCCGGGGCCUUUGUCAGCGGAGUUUCCAGAGGAACUUCAUCUUUUGUCAAACAUAUUUCAAAAGGCACCCUGACGUCCAUCACCAACUUAGCCACCAGCCUGGCCAGGAACAUGGACCGUCUCUCGCUGGAUGAAGAGCACUACACCAGACAGGAGGAGUGGAGACGGCAGCUACCAGAGAGCCUGGGGGACGGCCUGAGACAGGGACUGUCCCGACUCGGCAUCAGCUUGUUAGGAGCCAUAGCCGGCAUCGUGGACCAGCCCAUGCAGAACUUCCAAAAGAGCUGGGAGAUCCAGAGCUCUGCUGGAAGCAAAGCCAAAGGGGUGAUCUCUGGGGUCGGGAAAGGCAUCGUGGGGGUUUUCACCAAGCCUAUCGGGGGGGCAGCUGAACUGGUGUCCCAGACUGGAUAUGGGAUUCUCCAUGGAGCCGGCCUGUGGCAGCUUCCUAAACAGCUGCGCCUACCUGCAGAAGGAAUGUCUGCUCGGGCCUCCAACAGCCACCUGAAAUAUGUCUGGAAGAUGCUGCAGUCUCUGGGACGACCGGAGCUCCACAUGGCCCUGGAGGUGACCAUCGUCAGUGGGUCAGGUCAGGAGCAUGCUGGCUGCCUGCUGCUCACCUCGGAGGUGUUGUUUGUUGUCAGCUUGAGUGAAGACACCCAGCAGCAGGCCUUCCCCAUCACAGAGGUGGAGUGUCAGCUGGAGCCAGAGCAGCAGAACCAGCUCACUCUCACACUGCAACAGCAGACGGUCAGCAGCGACUCUGAGGGCGAUGGUGUCCGUGAGCGCCUGUCGGAGCAGCAGCAUCAGCGGCUGGUGGAUUAUGUGACACGAGCUUCCCAGUUCGUCUCCCCGGCGCCUGCGUCGCUCCAGCUGCAGCCCCCAGUAACGCUCGCAGAGCCGCCUCCGUCCGUCACAAAGUGCUACCACUACCUGGUGGAUCCUGCCUCUGCCAAAGUGUUUGUUAGCAGGUUCACCGCGGUGAAGAACAAAGCCUUACGUAUCGGAUUCCACUGAUUUACACUAAAACAGCUCAGAUCCUCCGAGUCUGAAAGGAACAAGGUUCACCUUAAGUCUUAUUUUCUUCUUCCUGUUUAUGCAAAUUCUACUUGGGAUGUAAAGUUUUUAUAUAACUGGUCACAUAUGCCUUAGCCAUGUAAAAAUGUGUAGAAGUUUUUUCUGACGAAGUUCUAGCUGCCACAGAAACCUGGGAUGUGAUAAAGCGCGUCUAUGACAGUGAAGGUUUGUUACAUCAUCAACGCUACAACGUGUGUGUUUACAUUUUUAAACAGUCCAAUGCCAAUCUAAAGUGUGUCCAGAUGUUUAACACUGAUUCUUGUACUUUGUGUUGAUACCAAUCCCAGACCAUGCAGAUGUGUUAUGUAAAUCUAUAAUAUGUAAAUGUAGAAACUUCCUAUUAAAAGAUGUUUAAUCAAGA